AUGGAUGAUGGAAAGCUGAAGGUGAGAGUUCAAGAUGAAGAAGUGAGUUUCAAUGUAUUUGAAACAACGAAGUUUCCAAAAGGCAACAAAGAUUGCUUUAGAAUUGAUGUAUUAGAUGAUGUGUACUUGGAAACUCAAAAUGAUUUCAAGAGCUCAUCGCCACUAGAGAAGGCUUUGCCUAUCUCUAACGAAGAAUUGGAAAAGGUCAUUGGUAAAGCUUGUCAUCUGCCAGUGGGAUUGGAACAUAAAGCAUUUUGGGCUUUGAAGGCCUUAAAUUAUGAUUUGAAGGCAGCAGGGGAGAAAAGAAAGCUUCAAUUGCAUGAAUGGGAAGAAAGGAGAUUGAAAGCUUAUGAGUCCUCUAAGUCUUACAAGCGCAAAGCCAAGAUAUAUCAUGACAGGAAAAUUCUGAACAGGAACUUCCAACCUGGCCAGCAAGUAUUACUGUUCAAUUCCAGGUUGAAACUUUUCCCUGGGAAGCUCAAAUCUAAGUGGUCAGGUCCUUUCUUGAUUAAAUUUGUCAAAUCAUAUGGAGCUAUUGAACUUGAAGAUCCUGCUUCUGGAAGGACUUGGUUGGUUAAUGGUCAGAGGCUCAAGCACUAUUUGGGUGGUGAAGUUGAGAGAUUCACUGCCAGCACACAUUUGAAGAAGCCAUGA